GGCUCCAUCAUGGCAUCUUCAGGGAAUGCCUGGAAGCUUCUUGUUUUGGAAGCGCAGCUCUGCGACUCUUCCAGGCGACUGACGACUGUUCGCACUCUGGUGCACAGUCUGCAAGACAAGGUCCAAAUUGGCACAGCUGCACGGCAACUGCACGUGGAUCUGCGAAAUGUUUUUGCAGCUUGGUGGAGUACCACCGCAGAGGCACGAUUGGAAAGAUGGAGUCCCGAUGCUGAGAACGUUGAUCUGCAAGUAUUGCAAGCUGGUGGGCCUGGUUCGUACCCGUGCAUGGCACGACACGCUUUCGACUCUUUCGCAUCUUCUUCUGAUGGGUCUUUCGUAUGGUCGGAGGACGAAAUCCCCGAGAUGCAGCUUGACGUGGGCUCGCAGGGCGUCGGAAGUUAUGGCCUGCAGGGCUUUCACAAAGCAAGUGUGGAGCUUGCAGACCGAUUGCAAUGCUGGGAGAGCCAGGGCCAGAAAGCGAGGGCUUUGCGGCAAAUGGUCUUGAGAGCCUGGUCCUGGUGGACUUUUCAUGCGCUGCAAAGGCUACAAGGGCUACGGCACCUGUCAGUGGGCCACUGGAGCCACUGCAGGGGCGUUUUGGACAGCGCCGGUCCCUACUUCAUUGCUUGGGAGCUCCUUGUACUGCGUGGGCAUUCCCUUCAGCUGAAGCUCAAAGGAAGCCGCAGCUUGCAAGGGCGGUUUUGCUCCGUGACGUUCGGAGCUUGGAAAGCCAAGUCGCUUCUGGGCCACAGUAAACAGUCCUUGUGCGAAAAGUUAAAGCUUUUCUCCGAGAAGGACGCUGUUCGCAGCUGUUGGAAAGCGUGGCGUUCCACGUGUACGCGGGAGGUUGAAGCCCUUGAAGCAUUUGAAGCCUCAUGGGAAAGACUUGUCGCCAGCAUGCUUCGAAGCCGUGCGCGACAGACUGCGCUCGAGUGCUUGGUUGAUGCGAUGGAAGCUCGGACCGAGCGCGAGCACGCAGUGGUCACGGAGCAGAACAUGGCAUUGCACCAGCGCGCUGAGCGACUUCUCCUGCUUCUUGCCUUUAUUGUUUGGCAAUUCGCCUGUGAAGCCGGCCGGUUACGGCAUGUUCUGGACAGGACCGACUCAACUGGAAAGGCAGUGGUCGCAGAGCUUGCAGCACAACAUGCGCAUUUUGUGCGCUUGGUGGCGCUGCAAAGUGUCUUUGCAUCUUGGUCCUGGCUUGCACGCCUUGCGCGGCUGCAGCGGCAGUGUCAAGGCUACGCCCUGAACAGCAGCAAGCAAGGGCAUGCCGAAGUUCUCGGCUUGUGUUUAGUCGCUUGGCGGCAGAGUCAGAUGAGUCGGGCAAGUCGCAGUCACGAGAGAAGCAAGUUAGAAGCCCUCAGUGGAAUCCUGUGGCGUACGAGCCUUUCCACCCGAUGGUUCUAUCGCUGGAUGUGGGUCACGCAGAGGCUGCGUGCAGAUCGUCAGGUACCCGAGCGCUCGGAGCCAGACGAAGGAAUCAGGGUCACGGAGAGGCGCCGGCUGCACCUGCGACUUGUGUUGCUGGCUUGGGCAGCGCAGGGCAUUUCGAGACGUCAGCAACGAAUGUCGAGCAGCUCCGCCGACUCCAGGUCUAGAUUGAGCGCAUUAGACAUCAGGCAGCUGCGACACGUGCUUUUCCGCGACAGUCGUGACGAUGCAAUUAGAUGUGUCGCUUUCCUCGCUUGGAAGGUGGAGCAUCUACAAGAAAGCCGUUCGGCACUGAAAUCUUGUGAGCAAGCUGCCCAAGCUGCUAGGCAACAGAGCACCAAACGUUUGGGCGAAGAGGCAGCGAGAGGCUUACUUCAAUUGACGAUGCAUGCCUGGUGUCAACUUAAAAUGUCCAACCGGCGUGCACGGACCAACGUGGACAUUCAAGCAAGGCUUGCAGCUUUGCUUAGUAGCUUCACGAUAGUGAAGUGUUUUCAGAAAUGGCUCUGGCUCGUUGCUUGCCCAGUCAAGCUCCUAUCAUGGGUGCGUAUUGUGCAGCUUGCAAUCUACACAAAGUCUGUUCCCCUGGCUGAAGUAUCCGAAGUUGAUACAGGCUCCAAUAGCCAACUAAAGGAAGCUCUUUCACCGCCAAAGGAGGACCCUGCUCAGAACAAGUCCCACAACUCCGCUGCGGAAGUUGAAGUCAUUACAGAUGAGGAGAGCCAGCCGGAAGAAGAGCAGCUGCCAGCUGUGUAUCAACCUGUGAUGUGUGCGCAAGCGCCAAGCUCGCAGCAUGGUCCAUCUUUAAGGUCCUCAUCAAAGCUUCAGAGUUUUCAGAGACCCGACGAUGCCAAGCCGACCCUGUCCGAUCCAUUGCUAUCUGUGCAGGACGAGUUAAGCGAGUGCUGUCCGAAUAUUGUCGUAUCACCUGCUGAAGAUCUGCGCAGACGCUUGUACCUGAAGCAAGCGCCCCUGGUGCGGCGUGUGUUUCACAGGUGGUGGGACAUGUGUCUGGCGGGGCAGCUGCGCCUUGUGGAGCUUUGUGCCCCCGUCGAAAGGCCACGUCCGGCUCCCUCCUCACUUUCCAGGCCAGAGCGUGCUGCUUGCUUGGCUCGGCUUCUUCAUGAAGCUGAGACUGCAGCUUUCGAAGCUGUGAAUGUGGUGAGAAGCCCUGACCGGGCGCCCAGAGAGAUGCUGGAGAACGAAAGCUCACUGGCACUCAAGGCCAAAGAUGAUGAAUGCAGGUGGGGUGAUGAGACUUGGCUUCUUGCGAAAUCGCGGCCAGUUGCAGUCCCUGUAGCGGCGUCGAUGCAGCGAAGCAGGAGUUUGAAGGGGGCAGCGGAGCCGGUCACAAGAGCUGCGCUUUUGGCAGCCAGCCCAACGUGA